CCCCGCUCCGGCCGGCACCAUGGACAGCGAGGCUUUCCAGAGCGCCAGGGACAUUUUGGACCUAAAUUUCCAGUCCCUAGCCAUGAAGCAUAUGGACCUGAAGCAGAUGGAGCUGGACACGGCCGCGGCCAAAGUGGACGAGCUCACCAAGCAGCUGGAGUCGCUCUGGUCCGACUCCCCAGCUCCCUCUGGCUCGCAGGCGGGAGCCCAACCUCGGGUGUCCCGCUACAGCUCCAGCCCCGUGUCUGAGCUCUUCAACAGCCGAGUGUCCCCAAGGAAGAGCAACGAUGGCGCGGAAGGCCCAUUCGGACGCUCCGAGAACGCCCCGGCCCUGCACCCCUUCAGCCCGCUGUCCCCCAAGGGCCGGCCUUCGUCCCCGCGCACCCCGCUCUACCUGCAACCGGAUCCCUACGGCAGCCUGGACCGGGCGCCUUCUCCCCGGCCCCGAACCUCCUACGAUGGCGCAGGCGGAGGCACCCUGGGCCGGGCGCCCUCCCCGAGGCCUGGAACCGGCCCAUUGCGCCAACAGGGACCCCCCGCGGCCUUCGACUUCCUGAGUCGCGCCGGAUCCCCUCGUGGCAGCCCCCUGGCCGAGGGACCCCAGGCCUUCUUCCCCGACCGAGGACCCUCCCCGCGACCCCCAGCCGCUGCUUACGAGGGGCCCCUGGCGGCUUUUGGGAGCCCCUUGCUGGGCACGGGCAGUAGCGCCUUUGCCCCACCUCUGCGCGCUCAAGAUGACCUAACACUGCGCCGGCGGACCCCCAAAGCCUGGAAUGAGUCCGAUCUGGACGUGGCCUACGAAAAGAAAUCUUCCCAGACUGCCAGCUAUGAACGCCUGGAUGUCUUCCCUCGGCCGGCCUCUCCGGGCUUGCCACUGCUGCCUUGGAGAGAAAGCAGCCUUGAUGGGCUGGGGCCUUCCAGCAAGGACAACCUCACCAGUGCCACUCUACCCCGAAAUUACAAAGUCUCCCCUCUGGCCAACGACCGGCGCUCGGAUGUGGGAAGCUAUCGCCGAUCUCUGCCCUCAGCGGGUCCGGCAGGCACCCUGCCCCGCAACUGGCAGCCCGUCAGCCGGAUCCCCAUGCCCCCUUCCAGCCCUCAGCCCCGCGGUGCCCCUCGCCAGCGCCCCAUCCCGCUCAGCAUGAUAUUCAAGCUGCAGAACGCCUUCUGGGAGCACGGGGGCAGCAGGGCCAUGACUCCCGGCUCCCAAAUCUUCUCCCGACCGCCGCCCCCCAAGAUGCCCCUGCAACCCCAGGCACCUUCACAGCCCCAGUUGCCCCACCAGCCACAACCACAGCCACAAGUGCCGCCCCAGGCCCAACCCCAGCCUCAACCCCAGCCUCAACCCCAGCCUCCAGCCCCCUCCUCACUGCCCCCUCAGCAGACCUGGCCCCCAGUAAGCGAAGUGCCCCCCAAGCCCCCCACUGAGAUGGAGCCUGAGCCCGAGCUGGAGGGGUUGUUGACCCCAACUCUGGAGGCCGUGGAGGCGGAUGAGGCAGUCACACGACCCCUGAGCCCUACACGGCUGCAUCCUGCGCUGCCCCCCGAGGCCCAGUCGGUGCCCGAGCUGGAGGAGGUGGCACGGGUGCUGGCAGAGAUCCCCCGGCCCCUCAAACGCAGGGGCUCCAUGGAGCAGAGCCCGGCCAUGCCCCUGAUCCCCACCCACAAGAAGCAGUACCAGCAGAUCAUCAGCCGCCUCUUCCAUCGCCAUGGGGGGCCAGGGGGGCCCGAGCCCGACCUGACCCCCAUCACUGAAGGAUCCGAGGCCCGAGCAGGACCCCCAGCACCUGCUCCCCCAGCUCCUAUCCCACCCCCGCCCCCGCCACAGAGCAGCCCCCCGGAACAGCCGCAGAGCCUGGAGAUGCGCUCGGUGCUGCGGAAAGCAGGCUCCCCCCGAAAAGCUCGCCGCGCCCGCCUGAACCCGCUGGUGCUGCUCCUGGAUGCAGCGCUCACUGGGGAGUUGGAGGUGGUACAGCAGGCGGUGAAGGAGAUGAAUGACCCAAGCCAGCCUAACGAGGAGGGCAUCACCGCCCUGCACAAUGCCAUCUGCGGUGCCAACUACCCCAUCGUGGACUUCCUCAUCGGGGCGGGUGCCAACGUCAAUUCACCCGACAGUCACGGCUGGACCCCGUUGCACUGUGCCGCAUCCUGCAACGACACUGCCAUCUGCACGGUCCUGGUACAGCACGGCGCUGCCAUCUUCGCCACCACCCUGAGCGAUGGGGCCACUGCCAUCGAGAAGUGUGACCCUUACCGGGAGGGAUACGCAGACUGUGCCACUUACCUGGCAGAUGUGGAGCAGGGCAUGGGCCUGAUGCACGGUGGGGCUGUCUAUGCCCUCUGGGACUACAGCGCUGAGUUUGGGGACGAGCUGUCCUUCCGUGAGGGCGAGUCAGUCACGGUGCUGCGAAGGGAUGGACCCGAGGAGACCGACUGGUGGUGGGCCUCGCUGCACGGCCAGGAGGGCUACGUACCCCGCAACUACUUUGGGCUGUUCCCCAGAGUGAAGGCCCCAAGGAUUAAGGUCUAACCAGUUCCAGGUGAGACCCAAGGACACUGCCUGGCCCCAGACGCUGGCUCUAGGGACUGCGACUCUCCUGCACCCCCAAGCCCUGGCAGGGCUGGGUCCUGACCACCUGCUUCCUGCGUCCUGGAAGUUCUGAGGAGAAGAGGAGAGCCCCAGCCUUAAGUUUAGGAACCUGCCUUAGUUGUGGGGGAUCAGAGGGGGAUGCUGGGACUCAUAUGUGGGGUUCAGAGAUCCCUCGCCCAUUUGCCCAUCAGAUCCCACCCAAAGUGCCUCCCACUCAUUUUGCCAACCCCUCU